AUGAAUGAGGCGACGACGUUGUUGGAGAGUGACUGCAACGACCGAGCAGCGUUAAGCAAGGUUAUCGACAUACUCGUCGCAAGCCGUGACGAGCUUCGGAAGAUCAAUGCCGAGCUCGAGGAAGUGAUUCCGGUAGAGGAACCUAAGAGGGAGUACGAGUCUGCGGCGAAUUAUGACGACCAGGCACUCGAGACCCUGACGCGCCUACGGUGCCGGCUUGAAGAUCUCAGCCUCGAUAACACGCGACAGACUUCUCCUUCGACGACGCUCAACACGCCGCCUGCCCCAACGACAGCUGCAUCCCAGAGCUUCGGACCUCGUCUUCCAACGCUAAUCCUCAAGCCGUUUCAUGGGGACUUGUGCCAAAGGACGUCGUUUUGGGAGAGAUUCAACGGAGCUGUCCACACGAAUUUAACUUUGAGCACGACGGAUAAAUUUCAUUACCUACACAACUAUUUGGUAGGUGAAGCAGCAGCUGCAAUUGCCGGACUACCAACUACGGAAGCGCGCAAUGCUUAA